UUUUUCUUCUCUUUGGGAUUCUCGCUUCCACAGCCUUAAACUUUCACCCCCGUGGAUUUUCAUUCAGCGUGCGUUGGGAGUAAUUCCAGUGGAUAUCAUGCCGGGGAAGCGCGCCGCGCUGUGCCGGGCUCUGGCGCUGCUCUCCGCGCUGCUGCUGCUGCUGCUGCUGCGCGCCGCGCCGGUGGAUGGAUGCCCGCACAAGUGUAGCUGCUCCGGGUCGCAUGUGGACUGCCAGGGUCUGGGUCUGAAGACGGUGCCCAAAGGAAUACCGAGGAAUGCGGAGCGCCUGGAUUUGAACAAAAACAACAUCACCCGGAUCACUAAAGUGGACUUUUCUGGCAUCAAGAACCUCAGGAUUCUCCAUCUGGAGGACAACCAGAUCAGUGUUAUUGAGAGAGGAGCCUUUCAGGACCUGAGACUGCUGGAAAGACUGCGCCUGAACAGGAACAAACUCCAGUUCCUCCCGGAGCUUCUCUUCCAGUCCAACCCCAAACUCGGACGGCUGGACCUCAGUGAGAACCAGAUCCAGGCGGUUCCCAGGAAGGCUUUCAGAGGAAUCACCGGUGUCAAGAACCUGCAACUGGACAGCAACCACAUCAGCUGCAUCGAAGAUGGAGCUUUCCGAGCGCUGCGCGAUCUGGAGAUUCUCACCCUCAACAACAACAACAUCACCCUCAUCCCGCUGUCCAGCUUCAACCACAUGCCCAAGCUGCGGACGCUCCGCCUGCAUUCAAACAACCUCCACUGUGACUGUCACCUGUCCUGGCUCUCCGACUGGCUCAGGGCCCGGCGGGGCCUGGCCCCCUUCACUCAGUGCAUGGCCCCCGCCCACAUGAGAGGCCUCAACGUGCCCGACGUGCAGAAGAAGGAUUUCGUGUGCAAUGGUCCAGCGCAGACCGAGUCGAGGACGUGUGUCCCUCAGGUGGCUGUGUGUCCACCGAGCUGCACCUGCAACAACAACAUCGUCGACUGUCGUCGGAAGGGUCUCACCGAAAUACCGGGAAACCUCCCCGAAGGCAUCGUGGAGAUUCGAUUGGAGCAGAACUUGAUUAAAAGUGUCCCAGCAGGAGCCUUUUCUGCCUACAAGAAGCUCAAGAGGAUUGAUUUAAGUAAGAACCAGAUUUCUGACAUUGCUGCCGAUGCUUUCAGUGGCCUUCGCUCACUCACCUCGCUGGUGCUCUAUGGCAACAAGAUCACCGAACUGCCCAAGGGCUUAUUUGAUGGACUGGUUUCUCUCCAGCUACUAUUAUUGAACGCCAACAAAAUCAACUGUUUGAGGGUGAACACCUUUCAAGACCUGCAGAACCUCAACCUGCUGUCCCUGUACGACAACAAGCUGCAAACCAUCAGCAAAGGCCUGUUCGCUCCUCUGCGCUCCAUCAAGACUCUUCAUCUGGCCCAGAAUCCCUUCAUGUGUGACUGUCACCUGAAGUGGCUGGCCGACUACCUGUUCGACAACCCCAUCGAGACCAGCGGCGCGCGCUGCAGCCACCCCAGGAGGCUGGCCAACAAGCGCAUCAGCCAGGUCAAAGGCAAGAAGUUCAGGUGCACGGGCCAGGAGGACUACCGCAGCCGUCUCAGCGGGGAGUGCUUCCAGGAUCUGGUGUGUCCGGAGAAAUGCCGCUGCGAGGGCACAGUGGUCGACUGCUCCAACCUGAAACUGAUGAAGAUACCUCCACACAUCCCUGAACACACCACCGACCUGCGAUUAAACGACAAUGACAUUGCUGUCCUGGAGGCCGCCGGGACUUUUAAGAAGUUGCCCAACUUGAAAAAGAUCAACCUGAGCAACAACAAACUGAGGGACAUCCGCGAAGGCGCCUUUGAUGGAGCAGCUGGAGUUUUGGAGUUGCUGCUCACGGGGAACAAGCUCACCGGACUGCAGGGACGCAUGUUCAAAGGCCUCAGCGGCCUGAAAACUCUCAUGUUGAGGAGCAACCAGAUCAGCUGCAUUGACAACAGCACGUUCACCGGUCUGAGCUCGGUGCGGCUACUGUCGCUGUACGACAACAGGAUCUCCAGCAUCGCCCCGGGAGCCUUUUCCACCCUGCACUCCCUGUCUACCAUUAACCUUCUGUCAAACCCGUACGUGUGCGACUGUCACUUGGCCUGGCUGGGCCAGUGGCUGAAGAAAACCCGGGUGGUCAGUGGAAACCCUCGCUGUCAGAAGCCGGCCUUCUUGAAGGAGAUUCCCAUCCAGGACGUGGCGACGCCCGACUUCACCUGCGACGGUGCUGAGGAUAAUGGCUGUCUUCCUGCGUCUGGCUGUCCCGACGUCUGCACGUGCUCAGACGGCGUGGUGCGCUGCAGCAACAGAGGGCUGCACUCUCUGCCCAAGGGCAUUCCCAAGGACACCACCGAGCUGUACCUGGAGGGGAAUAUGCUGACAUCUGUGCCCAAGGAGCUGGCAGCCCUGAAGCAUCUGUCGCUGGUAGACCUGAGCAACAACAGCAUCAGCACACUGGCUCCGUACACCUUCAGCAACAUGACUCAACUCGCCACCCUCAUCCUGAGUUACAACCAGAUCCGCUGCAUCCCGGUCCACGCCUUCGACGGGCUCAAGUCGCUGCGCCUGCUGACUCUUCAUGGCAAUGACCUUUCAACUAUCCCAGAAGGAGCUUUCAACCACCUGACCUCGCUCUCCCACCUGGCCCUCGGCGCCAACCCCCUGUACUGUAACUGUGACCUGCGCUGGCUCUCCCAGUGGGUCAAGGCUGGCUUCAAAGAGCCCGGCAUUGCUCGUUGCACUGGGCCUCCAGACAUGGCUGACAGACUCCUUCUCACCACACCACUCAACAGAUUCCAGUGUAAAGGUCCAGUAGAUAUCAGCCUGAUGUCAAAGUGCGCCCCUUGUCUCGCGGCGCCUUGCCAGAACAACGGCACCUGUGUCUCAGAGGCGACCGGAUCCUACCACUGCACCUGUCCUUACGGCUUCAAGGGUCAAGACUGUGAAAUACCGAUCAACGCCUGCAUUAGCUUUCCUUGUUCUAACGGAGGGACCUGCCACCUUCAGCCCGGCAACGAGGACCACUUCAGUUGUGUGUGUCCGCCAGGUUUCGAGGGUCAGCGCUGUGAGAUAAACCCCGAUGACUGCGAGGACAACGACUGCGAGAACAACUCCACCUGCAUUGACGGAGUCAACAACUACACAUGCGUCUGUCCUCCCAACUACACAGGUGAUCUGUGUGAGGAGGUGGUCGACCCCUGUCUCAGCGGUUUUGACCCCUGUCAGCACGACUCCAAGUGCGUCCACGUUGGCCGCGGCUACAGGUGCGAGUGUUUACCGGGCUACGUGGGCCAGCAGUGCGAGCAGGACUAUAAUGACUGUCUGGAGAAUAAGUGCCAGCACGGAGCGCAGUGCGUGGACGCCGUCAACGGCUAUACCUGCGUCUGCAAGGAGGGCUUCAGCGGGCUGUUCUGCGAGAACCCCCCUCCCAUGAUCCUGCUGCAGACCAGCCCCUGCGACCAGUCCGACUGCCAGAACGGCGGCCAGUGCCUGGUGGCGUCCGGCGAGCCCAUCUGCCGCUGCGUACCUGGUUUCUACGGCAACAAGUGCGAGAAGACGGCCACCGUUCACUUCCUGGGCCGCGAGGCGUACGUGGAGCUGCCCGGCGCCAAACUGCGACCGACGGCUCACAUUUCACUGCAGGUGGCUACUGAUAAAGACAAUGGGAUACUGCUGUACAAGGAGGACCACGACCCGCUGGCCCUGGAGCUCUAUCAGGGACACAUCAGGCUCAUUUACGACAUCGCCAACUACCCACCGACCACCGUUUACAGCAUUGAGUCGGUGAACGAUGGGCUGUUCCACACCGUCGAGCUGCUGAUUCAGAACCGCUCACUGAGCCUGGUGGUGGAUAACGGCGCCCCCAAGAGCCUGGGCAAGCUGGCACGCCAGCCCUCCGUUGACCACAACACCCAGCUUUACAUAGGAGGCGUCCCACCCCAGGUGGUGGCCUCAGGUUUGCGUCCGGGCCCUGAACGGUCGCCCCUGGCUUUCAACGGCUGCAUUCACAACGUUCGAAUAAACGGGGAACCUCAAGACCUGAGCUACCGACCCUCGGGGGGAGGACGGCCGCAAGGGGUUGAGAGCAAGGCUGACGGCAUCCUUGCAGGGUGUCAUUCCUGCAGCGUGUGUGCACAGGGCACGUGCCGAGAGGGCGCCGAGACCGGUGUGACCUGCGACUGUCCUCCAGGACGCACCGGGGCCUUAUGCGACCAGACGACGGCUCCCAGCCCCUGUCAGAGCAGCAGAUGUGUUCACGGCGUGUGUGUGCCGAAGGGUCAGUCCUACAGUUGCCAGUGCAGCGAAGGUUACCAGGGUCAGUACUGCGACCGGCGGCAGGAGCCCCCGGCCUGCAGGGGGCAGCGCUGCGGCCGCGGAGAGUGUCGCGUGUCCGAGGCAGGGGAGCCGGUCUGUCACUGCCAGCCCGGAUACAUCGGACCCGCAUGUGACACCGAGCUCACGUGUCAGGGGGAGAUGGUGAGGGAGCAGCUGAAGCGCCACCAGCCCAUGAGAACGUGCACGUCCACCAGCAAGAUCCCCCGCAUGGACUGCCCCCGCUCCUGCCAGGCCGCGGCGCCCCCCGGCGUCUGCUGCGGCGUCACCAAGACCAGGCGGAGGAAGGUGGUGUUCCGCUGCACCGACGGCUCCUCGUACUCGGAGGAGAUGGAGACGGCUCUGGAGUGCGGCUGCUCCAAAUGCCCGUUGUAACGGCGCCGCGGCGUGUUUGCCCCGCGACGAUCACUGCUGCCUUUUUGUGAAUUCUACACGCCGCUCUGAAAGUUUUUUUUUUUUCAAGAGCACC